AUGCCAGGCCCAAGGUUCGAGAACAAAAUCAUCCUCGUCACAGGCGGAGCAUCCGGCCUAGGCGCCGCCGCGUGCGACCUCUUCGUCUCAGAAGGCGGCACUGUCUUCAUCAUGGACCUCGAUGAGAAAUCUGUCUUGUCACAACUUCCCGGAGACAAAGCGCACUUCUUCCGCGGCGACGUCUCGAAGCCCGAAGACUGCGAAGCUGCAAUCAACACAUGCGUCGAGAAACUGGGACGCCUAGACGUCUUGUUCCACAACGCAGCACGACCGGCACCCAUGACGACAGUGCCGUAUCACGACCUCGCGCUCUUCCAGCAGAUCAUCAACACGAACCUAUGCUCGCUAUUUUACCUCGCGCGCAUCGCAAUCCCUCAAAUGCAGAAGCAAGGCAAAGGCGUCAUUGUCGCCACAGCCAGCUCCAGCGCCCUGGCUGGCGAGUAUGGGCUGGCGUCGUACUCGGCGAGUAAGGCUGGAAUGCUCAAUCUUAUGCGCACUAUGGCGCUCGAUCAUGCAAAGGAUAAUAUUCGCAUUAACGCGAUUUGCCCGGGCUAUAUGCCGACCCCGAUGACGGAGGGAUUGGGCGAACUUGUUAAGGUCGUUGAGGACAGUAUUCCGCAGGGCCGCGGUGGGGAUCCCAAAGAAGUCGCGCAAACAGCGUUGUUUCUUGCCUCAGAGGACGCGUCGUAUAUGACGGGUCAAGCUCUCGUCGUUGAUGGUGGGUGGUCCGCGCAUUCCGGCGCUCCGAAUCUCCUGAAAUAUGUCCCACAGCAGUUCCGAUACGACGAGAAAUAA